AUGUGCAAUUACUGUGGAAAACAUCAGUUUACCCUUCCAUCUACUAGCAACGGAUGGAGGCAUCUAUCCAACCCUCAAAUACCCUGUCACUUGGCUUGUGGCAUUGAUUGGGAGGAGGUCGACGCCAACACGAAGCCAGAUCCUAAUACCAACUGGCUCUUUAAACAAGAUGUGUUCAGUGAUUUACUAGUCAAAUGGAUGCUGGUCGCUCAAGUGGCCUACUCCAUGGUGGAGAGACCUGAGUUCAGAUCAAUGAUCCACUCUCUCAACCCAACUGCCACCGUGUUUGGGGCUGACACAGUCAAGAGAAGAGUGAUGGAGAUGUUCAAUCACACAGUGAAUAGGAUGGCAGCGUACUUCAGACACCUUGACAGCAAGGUUUCAUUUUGUGUAGAUGGCUGGACCUCUCCAAACAACAUGUCAUUCUUGGGCAUCACUGCCCAUUGGGUGGACAAUAGGAAGAACUUGUUUAAACCAAGACGAAUGCUUUUGGCCAUGGUCAAGAACUCUGACCAUAGUGGUGCUCAUAUUGCCCAAGUAUUCACCGACACAUUGAACAAGUACGACCUUAUG